AACUGACUCACUCGCAGAGCAUUUUGACCUAUUCAGAAACGGAAAGCAUUGGCCAGAGUUAAAAUGAAUUAUAUGUGCGUUGGGUUAGCAUUGACUUUAUUCUGGACUUCAAUCCAUGCAAGCGAUCUGAUUCAGAUGGACGUUGACGAUGCAUGUGAUCCAGAUAAUAACGUAUGCUACAAGUUCUUUUACAAUGACAAACAGAAUUGGGCCAAUGCCAGGCAAGUAUGUGACAAUGCUUACGACAUGAUGGCAGUUGUCAACGACGUAGAAGUACACAGGAAAAUACGAAAGCAUAUCAACUCCCAAACCGAUACCUUAAGAGAGUGUAUGGGUAAUGGUUACUGGAUUGGAGCUACUGAUUCUGUGAAUGAGGGGCAAUUCGUGUUCACUAAUGGCGAGCAAUUACCAACAGAUUAUGAAAAAUGGUACAGCGGACAACCAGGCAAUAGUGUGAAGAGAGAUGUGGCUGGGCAAGACUGUGUUCAACUAUGGCAAUAUAAGGCUCCAAAAUAUACAUGGAAUUUAGACGACGACUAUUGCUGGAGGAGAAAAUCAUAUGUUUGUCAAUAUUCAGGGCCUGGCAUAUGUGUGCUUGACAACCCAUGUCAACACACCUGUGAAUCCUCAGAUGGAAUAACUGCUAAUUGCGGAUGUGAUGAAGGGUUUGUCUUGAGCGAAGAUGGAAUAACGUGCGACGAAAUCCAGACACACGGACAAUCAAGUUGA